AUGGUCGCCGGUCUCGACAGCCAGCGGCUGGAGGCCGUCUUCCAGUCGCGGCCCGACAUCUUGCAGGGCAUUCAAAAGGCAGCCAACACACCCGAUCGAGUCGCAUUGUUCAACAACAUCGCGAGCUUCGUUCACGAGCAAAUCAACGGACCCGAACCGGCCUCAAAACGCAGACGGACAGACGAAGGCCCUACGAAUGGUUUCAAGUCGUCCAACACGAAUGGUGCGGCUGCAAAGCCUGCACCGAAAACCACAGGAACCGGAAAUGCUGCCGACGAAGAGGUUCUGCUCGAGAUUAAGGAGAUUUCCGUCUCCGUGCCCCAGCGCAAGAAGUACGAGCUCUGCUUCACGGCGAACUUCUUGUACGCGCGGCUACCGAAUACCACUACACCCGUCGAGGGCAUCAUCUACGCAUGGGAUGAUAUUGAAUACCUCUUCUACCUCCCCGUGCCCGAGAAGACCCAGGUGCAGCACAACUACGUCCUAUUCCCCCGUGGAACAUGUCUCCCGACGAAAACCUCACCCGAGAAGGAAGCUCUAGUAUUCACAGUCCCCGCUACAGCGCCCAAGGCAGGCACUAUCGGCGGCCCGAAAGCGAACGCGGCAUCAGCAGUCUCCGACACAUACCGUGGCCUUUUUGAUUGGGCGUUGACGACACACCUCAGCUCCGCCGGCAACCCUGCCGAAAUCGUCGCAGCCGACCCCAAUAUCUUCCACAGUCUCGUCCGUCAGCCGCACAGACCGAGCGAGAAGGCGGUGCACGUCAAGGCUUUCCGCGGCUCCAAGGACGGAUACCUCUUCUUCCUUCCCAACGGCAUUCUCUACGGUUUCAAGAAGCCCCUAGUCUUUUUGCCCAUCGAUCGCAUUGUGGCCAUGAGCUAUACGAGCGUUCUGCAGCGCACAUUCAACAUUGUGGUGGAGGUGUUUACCGAGGGCGAUGCCACCGAGGAGAUUGAGUUCGGCAUGCUGGACCAAGAAGACUACGGUGGCAUUGACGAGUCUUAUGUUAAGCGCCACGGACUGCAAGAUCGCAGCAUGGCAGAACAGAGGAAGGCGAAGAUGGAGCUGACUGAGAACCUCAAGAAAAAGGGCGUGGACGCCGACGCAGGUGCAAAUGGAGAGGCGGAUGCCAACGGCAUGACGGAGCUCGAAAAGGCCCAUCUCGAGGCUGAGCAGGCACUCCAGGAGGACGAAGACGAGGACGAAGAGGAUUACGACCCUGGUAGUGAGGGAGAGAGCGAGGGCUCUGGCUCCAGCGAUGAUGAUGACGAUGACGAUGACGACGACGAUGAAGAUGACGAUGCUGGGGAAGAAGGCGAAGAUGGUGACGAGGAGAUGGGUGAAGGCGAGGGUGAAGGCGAGGAAGAAACAUGA